GUCCAAUUAAGCCUUGCAUGUGCUUUGGCACAGGGUUGCUAGGAGAACACCUGUGCCCACAGCACUUUGGCCCAGCGAGAGCGGGAGAAGAGAGUUGGAAACAGGUGUGCUGCCUGCCCCCCUCUGAGGAUCUCAGGGAGCAAGAAUAUAUGGAUAUGAGUGGUAAAAACUGGAUAUUAAUUUCUACUACUUCACCCCAAAGCCUGGAAGAUGAGAUUCUGGGACGACUUCUGAAAAUUCUGUUUGUCUUGUUUAUUGACUUACUGUCCAUUGUAUAUGUCAUCAUAACUUCCUAAAAACCUGACUUCCUUCACUCUGUGUCUAUGUUUCAAACUAAAGUUCAGUGAGUAAAGAUCUACAUUUUAA